UACUAAUACGAAUUCUUUUAAUAUGUCUGCAUCAGUCAGUAAUAUAAAUAGGUUCACAACAGGAGACGUGCCCGGAAGGAAUAUAUUGUACAAGGGUUUUAUUGAAGUAUUUGUUCCAUUUCGUAUUGUCCAGUUAAAAUUAGGAUCGUGUCGAGUGAACAUACGCGACCAAAUAGUGACCGCACCAACUGCCGUUCAAAAGAUCUACACAAUCGCCUUGCUUAUUGCAUCGACUUUUCUUGGCAGAUCCUUCAUCGUUACCUAUUCAAAAAUAUAUUUUACCGGACUCCAGUUGACCUACAUAUAUCUUAUAGGUGUAUCUACCCUACAUUUCACGUUCUCUCUAAGCGUACUUCAUUGUCGAUUUAUCAACAACCAGGGAAAUGUUGAAUUAUACAAAAAAAUGCAGAAUGUCGAUCGAAUUAUGAAAAUAAAUUGCUCAAAUGAUGUUCAAUUAAGAAUGAGCCAUUACAAGCAGAACCGCACAGCAGUGUUUUCGUUGUUGUCAGUCUUUAGUGUGUUGAUCUGCGUCAAUAUCUACCUAAACUACGGAAUUAUCAGAGUCCAUGAGAUACUUGGCAAUAACUGGGCUCUCGUUUCUUACGCUUUUGAAAUGGUUUGCUGCUCUAGUCACAUUAAAUUUUUCAUUGAUCGAAUGAAUCGUGUUAAUUCGAUAAUUUCCAACCAUUUAAAGUCGGAGCAAAUCGGAGGAAGGACAUUACUUGUAAAAUCAAUUAAUCUUAGAAAUAAGCGCCAGGAUUUUGAAUCAACCGCGACAGACAUAUAUUUAAACGAGAUUUUUUCUACAUUUAUUUGUUUUCAAAACCAAUAUCAGUUUCAGGUAGCUACCUACUUAUUUUGCAGAGCUUUGUUACUGGACAUUUUGAUGACGGCCACAAUGACGCCUUUAAACAUUUGUAUACUUCUCUUGCUCAGCGUCCGCAGCGAAAUGUUUCUACGUGAAGUGAACAAAACAAAAAAGCUCUCCAACUCUAUUCUGUCACGUUAUUUAGACGGCCCAUUGCGACAAAAAGCUAAGAAUAUGCUGAAGAUAAUAGACCGCGACCCUCCCCGCUUCUGUGUAUACAAUAUGUGGAACAUGGACGCGCGCCUCUUGCUCAACAUUUUCGCCAUUAUAACAAAUGCAUUUGUCAUUAUCCUACAAUUUUCAUUUACGUGA